GAGGGAAGGCACUGAGGCUGUUGUUGUUACCUAUGGCUGAUGAACGUGAGAAAAACCCACUUAAGGCUUUGGAAUCUAUCGGGAAAGAACUCUUAACUGGAGUUUUGGAUGGCUUGGUGAAAAAAGAUGUUCUGAAAUUGGAGGAAACUGAAAAGAAAAAAUUUAAUGAUGCCAAACCUAGUGACAAGGCCUGGGUCUUAGUGGAUGCUGUGAAACAGAAACACCAUGAAGCGGGUCAAAUCCUUGUCCAGACCUUUCUUAAUACAAACAAAAAUUCCACCAGUACAAAAGCUCUUACAGAAAUGGCUAAACCGGUUGAGUCAGCAGAAACCACAGAUACCCUCAAGCUGUGUCCUCGUGAACAUUUCCUGAAAGUGUGUAAAGAAAAGGCUGGAGAGAUCUAUCCAAUAAAGGAGAGCACGGCACGCACUCGUCUGGCUCUCAUCAUAUGCAAUAUAGAGUUUGUUCAUCUUCAGCUCAGGAGGGGGGCUGAGCAUGACGUCACAGGGAUGAAGAAGCUGCUCACAGGUCUCGGCUACAGUGUGAUUGCGGAAGAGAAACUCACUGCCAAGGAGAUGGAGUCCGUGCUGGAGGCAUUUGCUGCCCGGCCAGAGCACAGGACCUCAGAUAGUACAUUCCUCGUGUUCAUGUCUCAUGGCAUCCUGAAUGGAAUCUGUGGGACUCUGCAUAGCGCUGAAAAACAAGAUGUGUUACCUUAUGACACCAUCUUUCGUAUAUUCAACAAUCGCAACUGCCGCAGUCUCAAGGACAAACCGAAGGUCAUCAUUAUCCAGGCCUGCAGAGGUGAGAAGCCGGGAGAACUGUGGGUCAGCGACUCCCCAGCCGCCGUGGCAGACAGCUCUUCACAGUCACCCGAGAGCCUGGAAGACGACGCCGUUUACAAAACACACGUGGAGAAGGACUUCAUUACUUUCUGCUCUUCAACCCCACAUCAUAUAUCCUGGAGAGACCCCGAAAGAGGUUCUCUUUUCAUUGCACAACUAAUCGCAUGCUUCCGAAAAUAUUCUUGGUGCUAUCACCUAGAGGAAGUGUUUCGGAAGGUACAACUAUCAUUUGAAAAACCAGAUGUUCGAGCCCAGAUGCCCACCAUUGAAAGACUAUCCAUGUCAAGAUAUUUCUAUCUUUUUCCUGGCAAUUAAAAAUAGAAUCUGUAACCUCCUC